GCAAAACAGGAACUUAUGCAUUAUGUGCCUUAGACACAAAUAACACAAGUGGUGCAAAAAACAAGAUGAGUGAAAUCGAGCCAUUACUACAAAAUGAUUACAACGGAGAGUCAUUUACCUCAAAUUUCUUAAACCAGCCCAAUGACAUAAGGAUUAUUCUGGUGGGAAAGUCUGGAGCAGGCAAGAGUGCGACAGGAAACACAAUUCUGAGACAGGAAGUGUUUGAGUCUGAGGCCUUACCUAUAGGGGUUACAGCACAAUGCAGCAGUGGUUUUGUGCAGGACGGAGGGAGAAGAGUCUAUGUGGUUGACACGCCAGGGUUUUUUGGAUCGUUGACUAAUGACAUGAAGCCACAUUUGAAGCGGUGUGUUGAGCUGUCUGUUCCUGGUCCUCAUGUGUUCCUGCUGGUCGUCAAUCUGGAUGCGAGAUUCACAGCAGAGGAGAUGAACACCGUGGAACUGAUUCAGCAAAACUUCGGAGAAGAUGCCGUGCACUACACCAUCAUCCUGUUCACCAGAGCAGAUCAACUGAAACGUAAAUCUUUGCAGCAGUAUAUAGCACAAUCUGAGCCUCUGAUGAAACUGAAAGACAGCUGCGGUGGAAGAUACCACGCAUUCAACAAUAAUGACAUGAGGAACCGCUCUCAAGUCACAGAGCUGCUGAAGAAGAUUGACAGAAUGGUCCAGGAAAAUGGAGGAAGUCAUUACACCAACAACAUGUUUGAAGAUGCUCAAAAAAAGAUAAAGAGAGAAGAGAAGAUAAAAAAGGUCAAAGAUGUGGCAUUAGGGGUUGGAUCUGCAGUAGGAAUGGGAACAGCAGUAGUAGGAGGUACCAUCCUGGGGUUAACAGAAGCCGCUGUGGCUAUUCCUCUUAUUGCUCCUGUUGCAGUUGGAGCUGCAGGUGUAGCUGGAGUGGGAAUGGGUGUGAAACUGAUCGUGGACAAAUUCAAGGAAAAAAAAAAUGACAACAAUUAGCCUAAAAACAGCAAAACUCUUUUCAGCACAUACAUACUCAGAUUUGUCUUACUUCAUGUGAUCUGUUUUAAUAUACACAUGUCCUCAACAUAAAUGUAAAAAAUAAUGAUCUUUUCCAGCUAUCGUUUCCAGCUUCUUUUAAUUUUUAUAAGCAUUUAAAGCAAUUACUUUGCUUACUUUGUUUUUGUAGUUAAUGACUCUAGAAAGACUCUAGUAUGUCUAAAAAAUGAAUGUCUAAAAUAAAUGAAAUAUAACCAAAACACAAAAUUGAUUAUUAAAUAAUUUGCUAUUUUGAUUAAACAUGCAAGUGAUCAGUGUGAAAGUGCAUGGAUGCUGAUGUUUUUCUGCUAAAAUAAAACAGAUCACAUUUCUGGAUUAUAGCAGGACAUGAUGUAUUUAUUUAACU